AUGGGCGUCCCGAAGUUUUACCGAUGGAUCAGCGAACGGUAUCCGUCGCUCAGCGAAGUGAUUGCUGACGAACAGAUCCCGGAGUUCGAUAAUUUGUAUUUGGAUAUGAAUGGCAUAAUCCAUGGCUGCUCGCAUCCGGACGACGAGGAUGUCUCGUUCCGAAUAUCCGAGGAUCAGAUUUUUCGCGAUAUCUUCCAUUAUGUUGAUGUUCUUUUUGGUAUAAUUAAACCAAGAAAAGUGUUCUUCAUGGCUAUCGAUGGUGUUGCGCCUCGCGCCAAAAUGAACCAGCAAAGAGCGCGACGCUUUAUGUCUGCGAAGAAUUCACAAGAUGCAUUGCAAAAGGCGAUGAACAAGGGAGUGCCAAUACCCAAUGAGAAGCCGUUCGAUUCGAACUGUAUAACUCCUGGUUUGUGCAACAUCGCUUUAGCCUCAGUUUUGUUCUGUCCGGGAGAGGGCGAACAUAAAAUAAUGGACUUUAUCCGGAGCGAGAGAAGCCAGCCUAAUUAUGAUCCAAAUACAAGGCAUUGCCUGUAUGGGCUUGACGCCGACUUGAUAAUGUUGGGGAUGUGUUCGCAUGAACCUCACUUUGCAUUAUUGCGCGAAGAAGUAAAAUUCGGGCGACCAAAAAAUCACGGCACAAAGCACAAGUCUGUUUUUCACGCAUCUAUUUCAUUUUUUUAUUUAACACGUUUAUCUUAUUUUGUUGGCGUUUUAUGGUUUUUGUAUUCACUUCGAUGCAGAAAACCCGAAUUGGCGGGUUUUAGUGUGUGUUACGGGUUUCAACUUCAGUCAGCUAGGAAUCUGAAGUUCUGA